UGUGAAGUCUCCCUCGUCGAGACCCCAUUCCCAGGGGCAGCCCUGGACCCCCAGCCCCAGCCCCCCUUGGCUCGCUCCCUGGCUCCCUGCGCCCCUCUCCCCCUGGGGACAGUGGACAGCAUGGCCAGCCUGGAGCACCAGUGGGAGAAGCAGCUCUUUGAGAAGUUCUGGAAGGGGACGUUUAAGGCUGUGGCCACACCGAGACCAGGGAGCAUCAUCGUGGCCAGCAUCACCGCACGGAGGAGGGUAAUCAGUACUGAGACAACAACAUGCCAGCCACUCAAGGCUGAUGGGAGGAAUGCCGAGGCAGCAGACACCAAGUUGGACACAACCACAGACAGAAAUGGAUGCAUUAGAGACAUGGGAAGACGCAAACACGGCAGCUAUCAUCGGACGCGGAGUGUGUUGUUUGAUGACGAUCUUUCCCCUCGGCCCCACGCUUCCAAGGGGAAGAAGAAGAGGAGGAAAUUGGAGAGAAAGAGGAGGAGGGAAAGGUCUCCGUACUACAGUCUGUCUCCGGUGAGGAAGAAGAAAAAGAAGAAGAGCUCUAAGAAAAGCAAGAGCUCUAAGAAAAGCAAACGCCACAGGUACACCUCUAAAAAGACAAAGCACAGCUCUUCUAGUUUGAAACAUAAGAGGAAGGAUGAUCGAAAGCACAAGAAAAGUUCACGGAGGCACAUGCACCGGAGACGACGCUACCGGAGGUCGGAGUCUGAGAGUUCCACCUGGCGCUCCUCCAGCACCGAGAGCAGACGUCAUCUGCACAAAUCAGUGGAUCACCCUGCGUUGGGAGGCCUAGCAGCCCUGAUGGAGGACCCUGGUACAUCACUGGACCACGGAGGGUUUGAGUGGGAGCCGGCCGCCAAGUCAGUGUGUAAAACAACUCCAAUCUUUCGCUCCGUCCUUUCUACCAGCACCGUCUUACAGUCAAAACCUGGCGGUGAGGUUUUAAACACAACAGUGAUUCUCCGUCACACUUUGUCCAAUCAGAGCAAAGGACCACAGGAUUACGAUUCCGGGAACGACACGUCUUCCCCACCAUCGACCAAAACCGGCAUUUCACAGUCAAACGUCACCGGCGACAAAAAGGUCCUAUGCCGUGCGCCGGCUUCACCAGAGAAACUGAGGUACAGGGACGGAGACAACGCGUCCGACUCUGGGAACUCUGUGACCAGCUACGCUUCCCUGUGUAAACCUCUGCAUGUGGAAGGUGGCUUGCCUACUGCUACUUUCAACGGGAAUGGCAAGAGUGACCCGGUGAAGACUUCAGGAUGUGGGGCCAAGGUGGGGAGACCUCAGAAGACUGCCUCCAUCUCUCCGUUGAGGACGGUGGCCUCUUCACGUAAGAGGACUAAAACCAUCUCCUCCAGCAGCAGCAGCAGAAGCAGGAGUAGAUCCUCUGGGAGCUCCAGACACUCUGGACGCUACUCUCGAAGCCGAUCACUGUCAUCUGCCAGGUCAUACUCCCGUUCACCGAGCUACUCAGCUGGUUUGAGAAGGAAAGGAAGUGGUAGGUCCAGAGGAAGAUACUCCAGGAACAGUGAAGACAGGGUCCGAGAGAGGAAGAGGGACCCCAGCUCCUGUGAGAAGGGUGUGAAACACAGCAGUCGGAAGCAUAGCGGGAAGAGGCAAAAACCCAGGUCCUACUCUCCCAUGAGAAAAAGGAGGAGAGAUUCACCCAGUCACCUGGAAGCCAGGAGGAUAACCAGUGCCAGGAAGAGACCCAUCCCCUACUUCCGUCCCAGUCCUUCGUCCAGCAGUCGCUCUACCAGCGUAUCCUCUUGGAGCAGCCUCUUCACAAGGAGUCGCAGCCCCAGCCCCAGCCCUGGCCUCUGCCUCAGCCGAUCCAGGAGUAGAAGCCGAGGAAGAAGUAGGAGUUACUCCUCCUACAGGAGCUACAGUCGCAGCUCGUCUUGGAACUCCAUCUUUGGGAGUCGAAGCCGGGGUCGGAGCUAUGACUCGUUGGAUGGUUACAGCAAGAACAAGAACCGGCGCUGACUGAGGAAGAGGAGACUGACUUAUCAACAGACUGAGGAAGAGGAGACUGACUUAUCAACAGACUGAGUUAGCAACAGACUGAGUUAUCAACAGACUGAGGAGGAGACUGCACUAUGAUUCCCCAAGUCAACAGGAGAACAGCGAAAGUAUGGGGACAUGUUUUCCUCUCUUUGCAUCAUUCCAUGUUAGAUUUCUGAGCCAGAACCUUCAAGCUAUUGUUUUUACCAUACAUUGAAUUGCUUGGCAGAUGAAUUACCAUUUGAAUUGUAGCAGUGCUGUUCACAUUACCCAGACAGAAACCACUGGAAAUAGAUUGAUUGAAUUUUGUCUUUCGUUCAUUUUUGUCCAUCCCCAGUGGAUUUGUAAUGUCCAGAGACAGUUUGGUCCAUCCCCAGUGGAUUUGUAAUGUCCAGAGACAGUUUUGUCCAUCCCCAGUGGAUUUGUAAUGUCCAGAGACAGUUUGGUCCAUUCCCAGUGGAUUUGUAAUGUCCAGAGACAGUUUUGUCCAUGCCCAGUGGAUUUGUAAUGUCCAGAGACAGUUUGGUCCAUCCCCAGUGGAUUUGUAAUGUCCAGAGACAGUUUGGUCCAUCCCCAGUGGAUUUGUAAUGUCCAGAGACAGUUUGGUCCAUCCCCAGUGGAUUUGUAAUGUCCAGAGACAGUUUGGUCCAUCCCCAGUGGAUUUGUAAUGUCCAGAGACAGUUUUGUCCAUCCCCAGUGGAUUUGUAAUGUCCAGAGACAGUUUUGUCCAUCCCCAGUGGAUUUGUAAUGUCCAGAGACAGUUUGGUCCAUCCCCAGUGGAUUUGUAAUGUCCAGAGACAGUUUUGUCUUGUGACACUCUUCCUCUGACGUCCAUGAGUGAAAUGAAGAAUGAAGGAGCACCGUUCAUUUUUACCCUCUGAUCAACUCUUCAUUUCAUAACAACUCUUACGUUUAAUUUAUGAUCUGGGAUGUGCACUAGAAAGGUCUUUUGGGACAAUUUCAGUAGGUUUGUGAAUGUGUGUAUUUUCAAACGGCGUGUUUUUCAGGAAGAGUAGGAAAAGUGUGUUGCUUCUCUGAUCCCAGCUCUUCAGAAGGUAGAACACAAACAUUCCUCCUCUGAGAAAUGGAGGAGGAGGAG